GAGCCAAAUCCUAAAGAAAGAAGUCUCUCUCUCUCUCUCUCUCUCUCUCUUGCUCUGUUCUUUGAGUUCAGACAUGGCAAGAGGUUCAAACUAUGGAGCUUGGGGACUCUCAUACAUGUUAUUGUUGAUGAUGGUAAGCUGUGUCAGUUCAGAUACGGCCAAAGAUAGGGAAGAAUGUGCAAAUUCAUUGGUGGGUUUGGCUACAUGUCUACCUUAUGUGAGUGAAACAGCCAAGGCACCAACUCUAGAUUGUUGUACUGGUCUCAAACAAGUUCUAGACAAGAACAAGAAGUGUCUCUGUAUUCUCAUUAAAGAUAGAAAUGAUCCCUCACUUGGUAUCAAGAUGAAUGCAACACUUGCAAUGAGUCUUCCUGAUACUUGCCAUGCCCCAGCUAAUAUUUCCAAGUGCCCAGAACUUCUACAUUUGUCUCCAAACUCACCAGAUGCACAAAUUUUUGAGCAAUUUGCAAACAGCAGUAAAGGGAGUGGCACAGUUGCUAGUGUGCCAGGGAAUUCCAGCAGUUCUAACAUUAGUGGACAAGGAAAGAGUGAUGGUGGGAGGGGAGAGAAGAGGAAAAUGGUAGUGGAGAUGAUAAGUGGAGUUUGGCUAUGGUGUUUGGGUUUGGUUUUGUUCUUGACAACUGUUGUUUAGAAAUAGAAAAGGUUAAUUUCUGUGCCACUCAAUUAUAUAUUGGAUUCCUUUCCACCAA